GUCUGAAUACGGUAGUUGCUCAAAGUGAAAGCUACAGAAACGACAAAUUCAGGAGAGCCUUAGGAUGGGAUCUUUCCACAACAGCCAGAACAUUAACUCCACUCUUUCAGAGACAAAACUUCACUCCUGGAGACAAAUUGUCUGUUGGAUCAUAGACAGUACCUGGAAAAAACUUCAGAGUCCAUUGUUCACUGCAGGAGUCGUGACAUUAUUAUUGAGUUCAUUGUUUAUCAGAGGACCUUACACAUGGGUACAAUAUUUUCUAAAGUGGCCAUUUAGGGUAAGAAACAGAAAGAACAUUGCAAUUGGUCCUUUAACUGAUCUUUUGGAAUACGGAAGAAUUGAAUGGAAGGGAGGUACCACUCAAGCUGAACAAAUGAGAAAGGCUUACGAGGAUAUUUAUUUGGUGCACAACAUGAAAAACUUGCGAAAAAUCAGAGGAGAUAACUAUUGUGCAUUGAGGGCAGUUUUAUUUCAGAUUCUCAGCCAGGGUUUGCCUCUUCCACCAUGGAUAAGAGAACAGGAUGUAACUAAGAUUCCUGAAAGAGUAUUUACACAAGGCUGCAACUGGGUACAGCAGUACAGUUUUGGUCCUGAGAAAUACACUGGGAAUAAUGUGUUUGGAAAAUUACGCAAGUACCUGGAAUUUCUUAAAAUGCAGUGGACCAACAUUCAUGAAAUUAAAGACCAAGGGAAAAGAAUAGAAAUAUGUAUGAAAUUAUUCAGUGAGCAGGAGAAUGAAUACAAGAUGUUUGAAGCCAUGAAAUUUCUUAUGUUGUUUGUUGUGGUUGAGCUUUAUGACAACAUGAAAAAUGGAGAAGAUGUUCCCAGCUUUUGUUUGUUUCUCUUCGCUCGUGAUUCUUCACCUGAUCCUUUAAGUUUCAUGUUGAACCACCUCAACUGUGUGGGUGACACUGGUGGACUGGAGCAGAUUGAAAUGUUCCUCCUUGGAUUCACACUCAGUUUGAAGAUCAGAACCUUCAGAAUGUAUAAAUACGGCACUGAAGAAUUUGAAUCUUGUUAUCCUGUAAGUUGCCAUAGAGAAUGGCACGAAGUUCUUCUUCUGACGGAGGAUGACCGACAUUAUAAUGUUCCUAUUGCCUGGAGCUGAAUUAUGUUAGUGAGAUUUCAAGGAAACAUUUUAUCCCAAUGUAAAUGCCUCGGAUAUUUAUAUUGGCUUAAUGUUAUGAUGGCUAUACAAACCUUGUAGCAGCAAAGUAUUACUUACAUUUUGUAUUUUCACACUUUUUUUGGAUGAAUUUGUAAUUUUGCCAAAUGCUACAAGCCUGAAGGUGUCCUGUAAGAUGCAAAUCUUUAUCUCAAGAAUGAAAAACUCAAACUAGUAAGCAAAAAUAACACAUUUUAUAAUGACUGAACCAGUUGAAGUUUUAAAUCUCUCUCGCUGCCAUAAAUUUUCCAAGUUUCUGCACACUAAUAACUAAUUAAGUUACUUAACCUGCUCCACCAAUAUUUUAUCCGUGUAGGGUGAGGCUCACAUCAUGUGAAAAGCCUGACUCUGAAGGUUGAAAUCAGGUGUACCUCCUCGUGGAUCUCUGGGGCAUCAGAGGUGGUGCCAAGUCAUAUUUGCCUCCUCUCCUCUCCUCUCAAAUCCAGCUGCCACUCAUGUCACCAGGCCUUGGACUCCUCUUUGUUGAUGCUGGCUGUAGUUGCAGCUGUUAUCACUGCUCCUACCGACUGCCAGAGUUUGCUGGCCAAUCAGAUGAGCUGGAGCAAUUUUCCAAAGUGGGAUUUCCUCAUGAGUCAGUGUCUUGACUGAUAUCAAUUAAAUUGAUCCAGGGAGCCAGUCAGGAUUGUGGGCAUGUUUGCUCCCAAGUAAUUGGCUAGGGAUCGGAAAUCAUAGCACCCUAAAAUACCUGAAUUAUUGUAACUUUUUAUUGGCCAGCCUAACAUCAUUACAGGAGCACCAUUACUACAAGCAGUGAUUCAAAGGGAAGGCUUAUCAUUUUCUCUCCGAAGAUUUAGAAUGCGAAAUGAGAGAGGGCAAGUUAGCUCAAACAAAAGAAUAUCUUGUGGCGUUGACACUUAAUGUAUCUUCCUGCUUCCAUGUGAUAUCCUACUCCUAAGGUUGACCAUUAAUUUCGGUAAAGCUGCAUACAACAUUCUCAGUUUAAUAUUUCAUCCAGUACUUUGCAUUUCAAAUUACUUAGCACUCCCAGUGAUGCAUUGAAAUUUCAGCUUUUACACAUUAUAUUCUAGGUCCUUUGCAUGUAUCCUAAAUUAACGUCUUUAUACCUCUGAAUAGAAUGCAACCACUUGGACAAACUAAGUUCCAAAGGCAUGGUUUUACUUUGGAUGGCAGAAUUUCUGCACCACCACCUGAAGUGCUGGGAGCAAACAGUUUCCCCACUGACCACAGCAGUCUUGUAAUUAUUGAAGGCUCCAAGGAGCAUUAAUUAUAUGGGAGGCAAUGGCCUAGUGGUAUUAUCACUGGACUAUUAAUCCAGAGACCAGGAUAGCAUUCUGGGGACCAGGGUUGAAAUCUUACCACAGCAGAUUCCAGUGGAAUUUCACUUCAAUAAAAAUAUCUGGAUUAAGGAUCUAAUGAUGACCUAAAGUUGGGGUUGAACAAUAAAUGCUAGUCAGUGACAUCCUCAACCUGUUAAUGGAAAAAAAGUUGACAUAGGCAGAAUAGCCCAACCUUGCUCUUAAUUCAUAUGUUUGUAUAUUUAUCCUUUGAGAAAGCUAGGAAGGAGCAAUAAAAAUGGCCAAGAAAUCCUGGACUCCAAGACCGAGUAAGUACUCAGGUCUUGCAGUAGGUACUGGUGGUGAGGUUUGGCUCCAGGAUGGUGGGAAAAGAUGGAUGGGAGGUCUUCAUGGAUUAGCUGGGGGAGGAAGCAUCUGUGGAAACAUAUUAUGGGGCAUCCAGUAUUUAAAAAAAUCCCUUCAUUCAAGGCCCACGCAGACUGACCUACUAUACUCCUGAACUCAUUCUAUGUGGGCCUCAAAAUUGAGGUUAGCCAGGAAGCAGCCCACUUGGGGCAAGAAUUAGUGAGCCUUAAAUAACCUCUCCGCACUUGUAAAAUUGUGGACAGGCUGGAGGCACGAAUGAGAGCCAGUCAUGAAAUUUUGGGUGUCCUUCUUCUCAAUAAGGGUCUAUAAAGUUCUGCCCUAAUGCUUAUUUUUAGUCUUAGUUUUCAGUGCUGUUGAUCUGAUCAGUUGGAAAUCUGUGACAACUACAUCAUAUUUUCUUUCUGUAUUUAAAACUUAGCACCAACAAUCCUUUACCAUUGAGGCAUUGCUCAUUUAUUUUGCAUCAUACUUGACAGUGGUUCAAUACACAAGACAGUGACAUAAAUAAUUUUGUACUUUGAUGAAAUGACUGAUUGUAAAACAGAAUUGUGUUCAUGGUACAGCUCUUUGUUUGAGUGGCAUUGUAAAAAUGGUGUUUUUCUUUUUGUGACUGCAUUUGCUUCUUGCUGUAUUCUUUUCUCUUCACACCCAUCCUGAAACAUUGUCCCUUCUGAGAGAAAAAAACAGUUAUAUUACUAUAUUACUUAGAUCAAUCUUUUAGAUAGCCUGUUCUUUCGUAAGUGUCCCAAUAUUGGUACCAGCUUUCAGAGGAGUUUUUGUUUAUUUGUUUCCUGAUGGCAACUUGGAAAAUGUUGUUUCUACAGAUGAGUUUUCCGUAUUUGCAGUGAAUUUAUUUAGUCACAGAGGUUAGAGGAAUUUAUGUGAACAUUUUAGAUGAUAUAUUAUGAACGAAUGAACAAGAAAAAUAUUUUUAAAAUGAUUAGAUACCUGUAUAAGUAAAAACUUAUUUCCAUUUCUUUCUGCAUUUCUUUCACUCUUAGGAAUAUGUGGUGGUGACUUGAACAUCAAUCAUUUAUGUGUGUAAUACUUCUGUAUAUUUUGUUCACAAAGUUUUAUGCUUCUAAUAAUGAAAACCGUUUGCUAUUUUUAACAUCAACUUUAAGUUGUGGAUAAUUAUACAUUCUCAUACUGUCAACAAAUGCUUAUUAUUUCUUAAAGGAGGAUAGUCAUUUGGAGUGAAUUUUCUAGUUAAGCUUGGGGCAUUUAAUACAAAACUGCAUAAUUGCAUUAUUUUACAAAAUGGUUUUAAAAUUAUGUACUCAAUUUUUCAUGGCGAGUAU